GGACAAAAACACCAAAGCCUUUUCUUUAGCCUUCGUACAAAUUAAUCAACAAUUUGGACAUUAAUACAUUAUUAAUUAAUUAACACUGUAAUAAAGGAAUAAAUACAGUUCUAAAUCGCCACCAGGUAGGUUUCAUGGUGAGCUAGAGAUCUUCGCUUCAGGUAAAGAGUUUUUGUUAUUUCCUUUCUCUAAUCUGGUGUUUUCUGGGUUUGUGUGAGAGAUUCUUCCAAAUCUGCAUCUUGGAUUUUGUCUAUGUUUGAUUAGCUUAAGCUUCUCUCAGACAUAGAAAUCUUGAUUUGGUCUGAUUUUUUGCAGUGUUUAAGGAUUAGAUAAUGUUACCGGAGAGAAGAAGCACGGUGUUUUCUUCUUCUUCUUCAUAUCUGAAUCCAUCUGGUCACAAUGAUAAUUCUUUUUUACUUCUUCGGAGAGGCAAAAAGUUUGGUCGUAUUGUGAAAUUGAAGCUUUCACAUUUCUUUUUGUUCUUUGUGUCACUCUUUUUCUUCUCUUGCAUGUUCUCUGGCCAUAAACUACUCUUUCAUGGUUCUGAGUUCUUACCUCAUUUUGAGCAAAACCCUUACAUGAACAGUCAUAUGUUGGUUUCAUCGGAGAUUGAUAUAGGAUUAAACAAAUCCAACAUCGAAAGACCACCUGGAAGCAAGAAGAGAACCAAGCAUUUACCUUGUGAAGUUCCACUUGCUGAAUCUGCUGAUCGCAUACUUGAGCCUCAGGAUUAUUUGAAUUUCACUCGGUUUUCGUUAGGCUUUGUAGAGACUGAGACAUAUGAUAACCCUAGGUUUGGAGGGCAUCAAACACUCAGUGAAAGAGAGAGAUCUUACUCUGCAGUAAAUCAGACAAUUCACUGUGGUUUUGUCAAAGGAACUGGAUUUGAUUUGAGCGAAAAGGAUAGGGCCUAUAUGAAGAACUGUGUAGUCUCUGUGUCUUCUUGCAUUUUUGGAAGCUCUGAUUUUCUAAGGAGACCUGCAACCAAAAAGAUUAGUGAGUUUUCGAAGCGAAAUGUUUGCUUUGUGAUGUUUGUUGAUGAGCAAACGCUAUCGAAACUGGCUAGUGAAGGGCAUGUUCCUGACAAGCAAGGAUUUGUUGGUUUGUGGAAAACUGUAGUAGUGAGCAAUUUGCCUUAUAAUGAUAUGCGAAAGACUGGCAAGGUUCCGAAAUUUCUGUCACACCGCCUUUUUCCUUCUUCUAGGUAUUCAAUUUGGCUAGAUAGUAAGAUGAGACUCACUACAGAUCCUAUGCUGAUCAUUGACUUCUUCUUAUGGAGAACAAAAUCAGAAUUCGCUAUCUCCAACCAUUAUGACCGGCAUUGUGUGUGGGAUGAAGUGUUACAGAACAAACGGCUGAAUAAGUACAACCAUUCGGCCAUUGAUGAACAGUUUAUGUUUUACCGAUCAGAUGGUCUCAAGAAAUUUGAUCCUUCAGAUCCUAAUUCUCCUCUUCCAAGUUAUGUACCGGAAGGUUCUUUUAUUGUAAGGGCUCAUACACCAAUGUCAAACCUCUUCACUUGCCUUUGGUUCAAUGAAGUUGAUCGGUUUACCUCACGAGAUCAGUUGAGUUUUGCAUACACAUACCUUAAACUUCAGAGACUGAAUUCGGAUAGACCCUUGCGCCUAAACAUGUUCAAGGAUUGUGAGCGUCGAGCAUUAACUAAGCUCUUCCACCAUCGCGUAGAUUCAUCGCCUCCUUCACCUCCUACUUGAUUGAUUAAGUAUAGAUAGUGUUCUUAUGUUUCUACAAUUUUUGUACUUUUCUCCUCUUUAUACUUUUAGUCUAACUUUGAAGGAGAUGAAACAUGGAAGAGGAACCUAAUUGACAUUGUGUAUGAGCCAUUAUAGUAACUUUACAGCAAAAUUCACUGCAGAUAUAUACCAAAAAAAACAGCACUGAACCAGUUAC